UUACACAAAGAAGCCGAAGAUCAACAUUGCAGCGCUUGCAGCGUAGGUUUACACGUAAUAAACUAUUUUAGUUUAAUUUGCUUUAAUUUUUAUACAGUAUAGAUUAAAAAAAAAUCUUCAACGAAUUUUAUUAUUUUUGAACAGAUAUUGUGCGCCACUGGACGCUAACCGCUAGCUUUAGCGGCGACGCUAACUCGGAGCUUCAUUGUUGUGGUGCCGAAACAAGUAAGACUGAAAAAUGGACACGAGAGCGUUAAGGAACCCAUAUCAUGACUACGAUGGAAACCCUGCGUAUACACAGGCGUUGUUUGACUCUCAGGGAAAGAUCACGCCAGAGUUUGCCCAGAGGUUGAGCAGCAAAGUCAGCGAGCUUCUAGCUGUCAUAGAGCAUGGGCUGGAGUCUGCUGAUCCAAGAGACUGCACUGCUUACACAGGCUGGACAGGCAUUGCUUUGCUCUACCUGCACCUCCACAGCGUGUUUAACGAACAUGCCUUACUUCAGAAAGCGUUUGAAUACGUCAGCCGCAGCCUUAACUGUUUGACCCGACGCCAUGAUGUCACCUUCCUGUGCGGCGACGCAGGGCCGUAUGCGGUUGCUGCUGUGGUCUACUCUCGCCUACAGAGAACGCAGGAGGCAGAUGAUUGCAUCAACAGGCUGAUGCAGUAUCAUCAGAUGGUGGUGAAGGGUUCAGGCGGGUUGCCAGAUGAGCUGCUUUAUGGUCGAGUGGGCUACCUCUACUCCCUCAUCUUCAUCAACCAGCAGCUUGGGCAGGACAGGAUCCCCCUGCAGUACAUCCAGCAGAUUAGUGAGGCUGUGUUGGCAUCAGGUGAACACUGCAGCAGAAAGUUUCGAGUCCAGAACCAGAGCCCGCUGAUGUACGAGUGGUACCAGGAGCAGUACGUUGGCGCCGCUCAUGGCCUGUCAGGCAUCUACUAUCUUCUGAUGCAGCCAGGCUUCGCCCCCACCGAGGAGCACGUGCACAGGCUGGUGAAGCCCAGCGUUGACCACGUCUGCCGUCUCAAGUUCCCCACGGGGAACUAUCCUCCCUGCAUCGGGGACGAUCGAGACUUGCUGGUGCACUGGUGCCACGGCUCCCCGGGGAUCAUCUAUAUGCUGCUGCAGGCCUACAAGGUUUUUGGCAGCCCUCAGUACCUGUAUGAUGCUCUGCAGUGUGGGGAGGUGGUGUGGCGGUGGGGUCUGCUGAAGAAGGGUUACGGGCUGUGCCACGGGGCGGCCGGGAACGCCUACACCUUCCUGGCUCUCUACAAGCAAACCAAGGACCCGAAGCACCUUUACAGAGCGUGCAUGUUUGCAGAUUGGUGCAUGAACUAUGGGAAGCAUGGAUGUCGGACACCUGACACACCUUUCUCUCUUUUUGAAGGCAUGGCUGGCACCGUCUACUUCCUGGCAGACCUCAUUGUGCCACUGAAGGCAAAGUUUCCAGCUUUUGAGGUGUAGAGUGUCCACAGGUAGUCCUCCACCCACCCACACUGCAAAAACUUAACAAGACAGCUCUCCGGUUCUGGAUCAAAGCUCGUUCAGGACUUUGUCUUCAAACGCCAUCAAUGUUCAUUCUUCCUGCUUUUUAUCUCCAACACCUGUUUCCAAGAGAACUUCCAGUGUUGCUUCUUGUGCUUCGGGUUAAUUUGCGGUCUGAUAACUUACAAUGUAUUUUUUUUUUGUAUAUCUAUGUCAUAAACUGGCACAAACAAUAAAACUAGAAUUGGUUGCCUCAUCUGAGGAAUACACAGGUUUUAGUUUUUGCUCUGUCCUCAUUCGUAAAGCUGCUUCAGUUGUUGUUUGUGCAGGAGCGAGAAAAAGCCACUAGAGGGCAGCAGAGUGCUCCGAAAUGUUUUCAACACAUCUUACACUUGCAGCUGUGCAAGUUUAGUUUUAAAGCAGCCACAUGUAUACACAAUUGACUGAAAACCAUUGAAACAUUUGACUUAAAAAGUUUCUCCUCCAUAUAAGGCUCAUAAAACACACCGAGAUCCAAAUGGCGACACUUUUGAACUCCCUCGUGCGGCAUGUUCCUGAGGCCAGCUGGGACCUUGAGGAGCUAAAGAGGAGGAGGAGGAGGGUUACUGUACCAGAGACUGUAGAGAAACAGGAGUGUUGAAUUUUUUUUCUCCACCCCCGCCUGGUACAGGAGAAAUCGAACUCCCUCAGGCAGGAAUGGAGGUAAAAAUAGAGCUCAUCUGUUCAGGGGAGUGGUCUCCCAAGACACGACUGUUGCUUGGGUGCAUUCGCUCGUGGCAAAAUGUCCUCUAAUCUUCUAGCGUUGGACAGCAAAGCUUUCACAGCUGAUGGCAAGUUGGACUUAAUGCAGCUCAAACCCUCUGUCAGGGAAUUCUCUAAUAAUUUGCAUGAUGUCACCACG